CAACAACAUAACGAGCCCAUUCUUCUUGUUUAAGUGAGUCGGAAAAAAAGUGCCAUCAUGGGAGACAAGGACAUGGACAGCUUUGGGCCGGCGGCCAUUUACCUCCGCAAGCCAGAAAAGGAGAGGAUCGAGGCUCAGAAUACACCUUUCGACGCCAAAACCGCCUACUUUGUCACGGUUCCUGAUGAGAUGUACCUGAAGGGUAAACUCGUCAGCAAAGAGGGUGGCAAAGCUACCGUUGAAAUCCUUGGAAGUCCUGGCAAGACCGUCACCGUCAAAGAGGAUGAGAUCCACGCCAUGAACCCUCCCAAGUUCGACAAGAUUGAGGACAUGGCCAUGAUGACCCACUUGAACGAGCCUUGUGUGUUGUAUAACCUCAAAGAGCGUUAUGCGUCUUGGAUGAUCUACACCUACUCUGGGUUGUUCUGCGUUGUCGUGAAUCCCUACAAGUGGCUCCCAGUGUACGACGCGACAUGUGUAACAGCAUACAGAGGCAAGAAGAGGAUUGAGGCACCUCCCCACAUCUUCUCCAUCUCUGAUAACGCCUAUCAGUUCAUGCUCACUGACCGUGAGAACCAGUCUAUCCUUAUUACUGGAGAAUCCGGUGCCGGAAAGACUGUCAACACCAAGCGUGUCAUCCAGUACUUUGCAACAAUUGCAGUUGCUGGAGUCAAAAAGGAAACAACUGGAAAGAUGCAGGGCUCCCUGGAAGAUCAGAUCAUUGCAGCCAACCCCCUGCUGGAGGCUUACGGUAAUGCCAAGACUGUGAGAAAUGACAACUCCUCUCGUUUCGGUAAAUUCAUCCGUAUCCACUUCGGUUCUUCCGGCAAGCUGGCUUCAGCUGAUAUUGAAACUUAUCUGCUGGAGAAGUCCCGUGUCACCUUCCAGCUGUCUGCUGAGAGGAGCUACCAUAUCUUCUAUCAGUUGAUGACCGGACACAAGCCAGAGCUGCUGGAGGGUCUUCUGAUCACCACCAACCCAUACGACUACCCAAUGAUCAGCCAGGGUGAAAUCACUGUCAAGAGCAUCAAUGAUGUUGAGGAGUUCAUCGCAACAGAUACAGCUAUUGACAUCCUGGGAUUCAGUGCAGAGGAGAAACUUGGCAUCUACAAGCUGACUGGUGCUGUGAUGCAUCACGGCAACAUGAAGUUCAAGCAGAAGCAGCGUGAGGAGCAGGCUGAACCUGAUGGCACUGAGGUGGCUGAUAAAAUCGCCUACCUCGCUGGUCUGAACUCAGCUGAUAUGCUGAAAGCUCUGUGCUACCCCAGAGUCAAAGUCGGUAACGAGAUGGUGACCAAAGGUCAGACCGUCCCACAGGUCAACAAUGCUGUCUCAGCUUUGUGCAAGUCCAUCUAUGAGAAAAUGUUCUUGUGGAUGGUCAUCCGCAUCAAUGAGAUGUUGGACACAAAGCAGCCGAGGCAGUUCUUCAUCGGUGUGUUGGAUAUCGCUGGAUUUGAGAUCUUCGACUUCAACAGCUUGGAGCAACUGUGCAUCAACUUCACCAAUGAGAAACUGCAACAGUUCUUCAACCACCACAUGUUCGUCCUGGAGCAAGAGGAAUACAAGAAAGAGGGCAUUGAAUGGGAGUUCAUUGACUUCGGUAUGGACUUGGCUGCCUGCAUUGAGCUUAUUGAGAAGCCAAUGGGCAUCUUCUCCAUCCUUGAAGAGGAGUGCAUGUUCCCUAAGGCCUCUGACACAACCUUCAAGAACAAGCUGCACGAUCAGCAUCUUGGCAAGACCAAGGCCUUUGAGAAGCCCAAGCCCGCAAAGGGCAAGGCUGAGGCUCACUUCUCUCUGGUUCACUAUGCUGGUACUGUGGACUACAACAUCACUGGCUGGUUGGACAAGAACAAGGACCCACUGAACGACUCCGUCGUCCAGCUCUACCAGAAGUCUGCAAACAAACUGCUGGCUAUGUUGUACGCCGCACAUGCUGCCGCUGAAGGUAUUAAGCUCAUGCUCUUGCUAACAAUCCACCAUUUGAUGAAGAUGAUUGGAAUACUAUGUUUUGGAAAAACAGAUAGCGGUGCGAAGAAGGGAGGAAAGAAGAAGGGUGGUUCUUUCCAGACUGUCUCUGCUCUGUUCAGGGAGAACUUGGGCAAACUGAUGACCAACUUGAGAAGCACUCAUCCUCACUUUGUGCGUUGCUUGAUUCCCAACGAAUCCAAGACCCCAGGUCUUAUGGAGAACUUCUUGGUCAUCCAUCAGCUGAGGUGUAACGGUGUGCUGGAGGGCAUCAGAAUCUGCAGGAAAGGUUUCCCCAGCAGAAUCCUCUAUGGUGAUUUCAAGCAGAGAUACAAGGUACUGAAUGCCAGCGUCAUCCCUGAGGGUCAGUUUAUUGACAACAAGAAGGCUUCAGAGAAACUGCUGGGCUCCAUUGAUGUGGAUCACACUCAGUACAAAUUCGGCCACACAAAGGUGUUCUUCAAAGCUGGUCUUCUGGGUACCCUUGAGGAGAUGAGAGAUGAGAAACUGGCUGAGCUGGUGACCAUGACUCAGGCUCUCUGCAGAGGAUACGUUAUGAGGAAAGAGUUUGUGAAGAUGAUGGAGAGGAGAGAAUCUAUCUUCAGCAUCCAGUACAACCUGCGUUCCUUCAUGAAUGUGAAGAACUGGCCAUGGCUGAAACUGUACUUCAAGAUCAAGCCUCUCCUGAAGAGCGCUGAGACCGAGAAAGAGCUGCAACAGAUGAAGGAGAAUUAUGACAAGAUGCAAUCGGAUCUGGCUACUGCUCUGGGCAAGAAGAAGGAGUUGGAAGAGAAAAUGGUUUCCCUGCUGCAGGAGAAGAAUGACCUGCAACUGCAAAUAGCAGCGGAAGGUGAGAACCUCUCAGAUGCCGAGGAGAGGUGCGAGGGGCUCAUUAAGAGCAAGAUCCAGCUCGAGGCCAAACUCAAAGAGGCGACUGAGAGACUGGAAGAUGAAGAAGAAAUCAACGCUGAGCUCACAGCAAAGAAGAGGAAGCUGGAGGAUGAAUGCUCAGAGCUGAAGAAGGAUAUUGAUGAUAUGGAACUCACCUUGGCUAAAGUGGAGAAGGAGAAGCACGCCACUGAAAACAAGGUGAAAAACCUGACCGAGGAGUUGGCCACUCAAGAUGAGUCUAUUGCCAAGUUGACAAAGGAGAAGAAAGCCCUCCAAGAAGCCCACCAGCAAACACUGGACGAUCUUCAGGCUGAGGAAGACAAAGUCAACACUUUGACCAAGGCCAAGACCAAGCUGGAACAGCAAGUGGAUGAUCUUGAGGGCUCACUGGAGCAAGAGAAGAAGCUCCGCAUGGACCUUGAGAGAGGCAAGAGGAAGCUUGAAGGUGAUCUGAAACUGGCCCAGGAAUCCAUCAUGGAUCUGGAGAAUGACAAACAACAAUCAGAUGAGAAAAUCAAGAAGAAGGACUUUGAGUUAAGCCAGCUGCUCAGCAAGAUUGAGGAUGAGCAGUCUCUUGGUGCUCAGCUCCAGAAGAAGAUCAAGGAACUCCAGGCUCGCAUUGAGGAGCUGGAAGAGGAGAUCGAGGCUGAAAGGGCCGCCCGCGCCAAGGUGGAGAAGCAGAGAUCUGACCUUUCUCGUGAGCUGGAGGAGAUCAGCGAGAGGCUGGAGGAAGCCGGCGGAGCAACAGCCGCUCAGAUCGAGAUGAACAAGAAGCGCGAGGCCGAGUUCCAGAAGCUGCGUCGUGACCUUGAAGAGUCCACCCUGCAGCACGAAGCUACAGCAGCCGCUCUCCGCAAGAAGCAGGCCGACAGCGUUGCCGAGCUGGGCGAGCAGAUCGACAACCUCCAGCGUGUCAAGCAGAAGCUGGAGAAGGAGAAGAGCGAGUACAAGAUGGAGAUUGAUGACCUCUCCAGCAACAUGGAAUCUGUUGCUAAAGCCAAGGGUAACUUGGAAAAAAUGUGCAGGAGUCUGGAAGACUCUCAUGCAGAGCUUAAGAGCAAAUACGAUGAGAACUUCCGCCAGCUUAAUGACAUGAACGCACAAAGAGCAAGGCUCCAAACUGAGAAUGGUGAGUUUUCACGCCAGCUUGAGGAGAAAGAAGCUUUGGUUUCCCAGCUGACUAGGGGCAAGCAAGCCUAUACUCAGCAGAUGGAGGAACUUAAGAGACUUGUUGAGGAAGAAGUCAAGGCCAAGAACGCCCUGGCCCAUGCUGUUCAGUCUGCCCGUCACGACUGCGACCUGCUCAGGGAGCAGUAUGAAGAAGAGCAGGAAGCUAAAGCUGAGCUGCAGCGAGGAAUGUCCAAGGCCAACAGCGAGGUAGCACAGUGGAGAUCCAAAUAUGAGACUGAUGCUAUCCAGCGCACUGAAGAGCUGGAGGAGGCCAAGAAGAAGCUUGCCCAGCGUCUCCAGGAUGCUGAGGAAUCCAUUGAAGCUGUGAACUCCAAGUGUGCCUCUCUGGAGAAGACCAAGCAGAGGCUGCAGGGUGAGGUGGAGGACCUCAUGAUCGAUGUGGAAAGAGCUAAUGCCCUGGCUGCUAACCUUGACAAGAAGCAGAGGAACUUUGACAAGGUCCUGGCAGAAUGGAAGCAGAAGUUUGAGGAGGGUCAGGCCGAGUUGGAAGGAGCCCAGAAAGAGGCUCGUACUCUCAGCACUGAAAUGUUCAAGAUGAAGAACUCUUAUGAGGAGGCUCUGGAUCAGCUGGAGACCAUGAAGAGGGAGAACAAGAACCUGCAGCAGGAGAUCUCCGACUUGACUGAGCAGAUCGGUGAGAGUGGCAAAAGCAUCCAUGAGCUGGAGAAGGCCAAGAAGACCGUUGAGUCUGAGAAGGCUGAAAUUCAGACAGCGCUGGAAGAGGCAGAGGGCACACUGGAGCACGAGGAAGCCAAGAUCAUCCGUGUCCAGCUUGAGCUCAACCAAGUCAAGGGCGAGGUUGACAGGAAGCUGGCCGAGAAGGACGAGGAGAUGGAGCAGAUCAAGAGGAACAGCCAGAGAAUUAUUGACUCCAUGCAGAGCACUCUUGAUGCUGAGGUCAGGAGCAGGAAUGACGCCCUGAGGGUCAAGAAGAAGAUGGAGGGAGACCUGAAUGAGAUGGAGAUUCAGCUCAGCCACUCCAACAGACAGGCUGCUGAAGCCCAGAAACAAUUGAGGAAUGUCCAGGGACAACUCAAGGAUGCCCAACUGCACCUUGAUGAGGCUGUCAGAGGACAGGAAGACAUGAAGGAGCAGGUGGCCAUGGUGGAGCGCAGAAACGGCCUGAUGCUGGCAGAAAUCGAGGAGCUGAGAGCCGGUCUUGACCAAACCGACAGAGCACGCAAAGUGGCCGAGCAGGAGCUGGUCGAUGCUAGCGAGCGUGUCGGACUGCUGCACUCUCAGAACACCAGCCUUCUCAACACCAAAAAGAAGCUUGAGGCUGACUUUGUCCAGGUUCAAGGUGAAGUUGAAGAUUCUGUUCAGGAAGCACGUAAUGCUGAGGAGAAAGCCAAAAAGGCUAUCACUGAUGCUGCCAUGAUGGCCGAGGAGCUGAAGAAGGAGCAGGAUACCAGUGCUCACCUGGAAAGGAUGAAGAAGAACCUUGAGGUCACUGUCAAGGACCUUCAGCAUCGUCUGGAUGAGGCUGAAAGCCUUGCCAUGAAGGGUGGCAAGAAGCAGCUCCAGAAACUGGAAUCUAGGGUGCGUGAGCUUGAGGCUGAAGUUGAUGCCGAACAGAGACGUGGAGCAGAUGCUAUCAAGGGAGUCCGCAAAUACGAGAGGAGAGUGAAGGAGCUGACUUACCAGACUGAGGAGGACAAGAAGAACGGAAUUAGGCUUCAGGAUCUGGUGGAUAAACUCCAGUUGAAAGUCAAGGCUUACAAGAGACAAGCUGAGGAGGCUGAAGAGCAGGCCAACACUCACUUGACCAGGUUCAGGAAGGUCCAGCAUGAGAUGGAGGAGGCUCAGGAGCGUGCUGACAUUGCAGAGUCUCAGGUCAACAAGCUGAGGGCAAAGAGCCGUGAUCUUGGAAAGGCUGAUUCUGCUGAUGCCACCAUGAGCACCGAUGCGGAGAUGGAGCAGUAUGGCGCUGCCGCCAUUUACCUCAGGAAGCCCGAGAAGGAGAGGAUUGAGGCUCAGACGGCUCCCUUUGAUGCCAAAAGUGCCUUCUUUGUGGCCGAUCAAGCUGAGAUGUACCUCAAGGGUAAACUCACAAAGAGGGAAGGUGGAAAAGCCACAGUUGAAAUUGAUGGUGGAAAGACCGUCACAGUGAAAGAGGAUGACAUCCACCCCAGAAACCCUCCCAAGUUCGACAAAAUUGAGGACAUGGCCAUGAUGACCCACCUCAACGAGCCUUGCGUGUUGUAUAACCUCAAAGAGCGUUAUGCGUCUUGGAUGAUCUACACCUACUCUGGGUUGUUCUGCGUUGUCGUGAAUCCCUACAAGUGGCUUCCAGUGUACGACGCUACAUGUGUCGGCGCGUACAGAGGCAAGAAGAGGAUUGAGGCACCACCCCACAUCUUCUCCAUCUCUGAUAACGCCUAUCAGUUCAUGCUCACGGAUCGUGAGAACCAGUCUGUUCUGAUUACUGGAGAAUCCGGUGCCGGAAAGACUGUCAACACCAAGCGUGUCAUCCAGUACUUUGCAACAAUUGCAGCUAUUGGUUCAAAGAAGGCUGAACAACCACAAUCAGCAGGCAAAAUUCAGGGCUCCCUUGAGGACCAAAUUGUUGCUGCCAACCCUCUGCUGGAAGCCUACGGUAAUGCUAAAACUGUGAGGAACGACAACUCCUCUCGUUUCGGUAAAUUCAUUAGGAUUCACUUUGCCACUACUGGAAAGCUGGCCUCAGCUGAUAUUGAAACAUAUCUGCUGGAGAAGUCCCGCGUGACCUUCCAAUUGUCUGCUGAGAGGAGCUACCAUAUCUUCUAUCAGCUGAUGACUGGACACAAGCCUGAGCUGCUGGAGGGUCUUCUGAUCACCACCAACCCAUAUGACUACCCAAUGAUCAGCCAGGGUGAAAUCACUGUCAAGAGCAUCAAUGAUGUUGAAGAGUUCAUCGCAACAGACGUAAGGGUGUCAUUUAAAUGCUAUUCAAUUAUAAAUUGAAAGAAAGAUUCAAAUCUGUUCGCGGUGGCUUGCCAACGUACAUUGCAGACAGCUAUUGACAUCCUGGGAUUCACUGCGGAAGAGAAGCUUGGCAUCUACAAGCUAACUGGUGCUGUGAUGCAUCACGGCAACAUGAAAUUCAAGCAGAAGCAGCGUGAGGAGCAGGCUGAACCUGAUGGCACUGAGGUGGCUGACAAGAUUGCCUAUCUUAUGGGCCUGAACUCAGCUGAUAUGCUGAAAUCUCUGUGCUAUCCCAGAGUCAAAGUCGGAAACGAGAUGGUGACCAAAGGUCAGACUGUUCCACAGGUCAACAAUGCUGUCUCAGCUUUGUGCAAGUCUGUCUAUGAGAAAAUGUUCUUGUGGAUGGUCAUCCGCAUCAAUGAGAUGUUGGACACAAAGCAGCCGAGGCAGUUCUUCAUUGGAGUGUUGGAUAUCGCUGGAUUUGAGAUCUUCGAUUUCAACAGCUUGGAGCAACUGUGCAUCAACUUCACCAAUGAGAAACUGCAACAGUUCUUCAACCAGCAUAUGUUCGUCCUGGAGCAAGAGGAAUACAAGAAAGAGGGCAUUGAAUGGGAGUUCAUUGACUUCGGUAUGGACUUGGCUGCCUGCAUUGAGCUUAUUGAGAAGCCAAUGGGCAUCUUCUCCAUCCUUGAAGAGGAGUGCAUGUUCCCCAAGGCCUCUGACACAACCUUCAAGAACAAGCUGCACGAUCAGCAUCUUGGCAAAACCAAGGCCUUUGAGAAGCCCAAGCCCGCAAAGGGCAAGGCUGAGGCUCACUUCUCUCUGGUUCACUAUGCUGGUACUGUGGACUACAAUAUCGCUGGCUGGUUGGACAAGAACAAGGAUCCACUGAACGACUCUGUCGUCCAGCUCUACCAGAAGGCAGCAAACAAACUGCUGGCUAUGUUGUAUGCUGCCCAUGCUUCAGCUGAAGAUUCCGGUGCUAAGAAGGGUGGUGGAAAGAAGAAGGGUGGUUCCUUCCAGACUGUCUCUGCUCUUUUCAGAGAAAACUUGGCCAAGCUGAUGACCAACCUGAGGAGCACCCACCCUCACUUUGUGCGCUGCCUGAUUCCCAACGAAUCAAAGACCCCGGGUCUUAUGGAGAACUUCUUGGUCAUUCACCAGCUGAGGUGUAACGGUGUGCUUGAGGGCAUCAGAAUCUGCAGGAAAGGUUUCCCCAGCAGAAUCCUCUAUGGUGACUUCAAGCAGAGAUACAAAGUACUGAAUGCCAGUGUGAUCCCUGAUGGUCAAUUCAUUGACAACAAGAAGGCUGCAGAGAAACUGCUGGGAUCCAUUGACGUGGACCACACUCAGUACAGAUUUGGACACACAAAGGUGUUCUUCAAAGCUGGUCUUCUGGGUACCCUUGAGGAGAUGAGAGAUGAGAAACUGGCUGAGCUGGUGACCAUGACUCAGGCCCUCUGCAGAGGAUAUGUUAUGAGGAAAGAGUUUGUGAAGAUGAUGGAAAGGAGGGAAGCUAUCUACAGCAUCCAGUACAACGUCCGUUCCUUCAUGAAUGUGAAGAACUGGCCAUGGCUGAAACUGCACUUCAAGAUCAAGCCGCUCCUGAAGAGCGCUGAGACCGAGAAAGAGUUGCAGCAAAUGAAGGAGAAUUAUGACAAGAUGCAAUCAGAUCUAGCUACUGCUCUUGCCAAAAAGAAGGAGUUGGAAGAGAAAAUGGUUUCCUUGCUGCAGGAGAAGAACGACCUGCAACUGCAAGUAGCAGCGGAAGGUGAGAACCUCUCAGAUGCUGAGGAGCGGUGUGAGGGUCUCAUUAAGAGCAAGAUUCAACUCGAGGCCAAACUCAAAGAGGCGACCGAGAGACUGGAAGACGAAGAGGAAAUCAAUGCUGAGCUUACAGCGAAGAAGAGGAAGCUGGAGGAUGAAUGCUCAGAGCUGAAGAAAGAUAUUGACGACCUGGAACUCACCUUGGCUAAAGUGGAGAAGGAAAAACACGCCACUGAAAACAAGGUGAAAAACCUGACAGAGGAGAUGGCCACUCAAGAUGAGUCUAUUGCCAAGUUGACAAAGGAGAAGAAAGCCCUCCAAGAAGCCCACCAGCAAACACUGGAUGAUCUCCAGGCUGAGGAAGACAAAGUCAACACUCUGACCAAGGCCAAGACAAAGCUGGAACAGCAAGUCGAUGAUCUUGAGGGCUCAUUGGAGCAAGAGAAGAAGCUCCGCAUGGACCUUGAGAGAGCCAAGAGAAAGCUUGAGGGUGACCUGAAACUGGCCCAGGAAUCCAUAAUGGAUCUGGAGAAUGACAAGCAACAAUCAGAUGAAAAACUCAAGAAGAAAGACUUUGAGUUCAGCCAGCUGCUCAGCAAGAUUGAGGAUGAGCAGUCUCUUGGUGCUCAGCUUCAGAAGAAGAUCAAGGAACUCCAGGCUCGCAUUGAGGAGCUUGAAGAGGAGAUCGAGGCUGAGAGGGCCGCCCGCGCCAAGGUGGAGAAGCAGAGGUCUGACCUUUCUCGUGAGCUGGAGGAGAUCAGCGAGAGACUGGAGGAAGCCGGCGGAGCAACAGCUGCACAGAUUGAGAUGAACAAGAAGCGCGAGGCUGAGUUCCAGAAGCUGCGUCGCGAUCUUGAAGAGUCCACCCUGCAGCACGAGGCUACGGCAGCCGCUCUCCGCAAGAAGCAGGCCGACAGCGUCGCGGAGCUGGGCGAGCAGAUCGACAACCUCCAGCGUGUCAAGCAGAAGCUGGAGAAGGAGAAGAGCGAGUACAAGAUGGAGAUUGAUGACCUCUCCAGCAACAUGGAGUCUGUUGCUAAAGCCAAGAGCAACUUGGAAAAAAUGUGCAGAACACUUGAAGACCAGUUUGCAGAGCUCAAAACCAAAUAUGAUGAGAAUGGUCGUCAGCUGAACGAUGUCAGCGUAUUGAAAGCAAGACUCCAAACUGAAAACGGUGAGUUUGCUCGUCAGCUUGAAGAGAAGGAAGCCCUUGUUUCCCAGUUGACAAGGGGCAAGCAAGCUUUCACUCAGCAAAUGGAAGAGCUUAAGAGACUGAAUGAGGAGGAAGUCAAGGCCAAGAACGCCCUGGCCCAUGCUGUUCAGUCUGCCCGCCACGACUGUGAUCUGCUCAGAGAGCAGUAUGAGGAAGAGCAAGAGGCUAAAGCUGAGCUCCAGCGAGGAAUGUCCAAGGCCAACAGCGAGGUGGCACAGUGGAGAGCCAAAUAUGAGACUGAUGCUAUCCAGCGCACUGAGGAACUGGAGGAGGCCAAGAAGAAGCUUGCCCAGCGUCUUCAGGAUGCUGAGGAAUCCAUUGAAGCUGUCAACUCCAAGUGCGCCUCUCUGGAGAAGACCAAGCAGAGGCUGCAGGGUGAGGUGGAGGACCUCAUGAUUGAUGUGGAGAGAGCUAACGCCCUGGCUGCCAACCUUGACAAGAAACAGAGGAACUUUGACAAGAUUCUGGCAGAAUGGAAGCAAAAGUUUGAGGAGGGUCAGGCAGAGCUUGAUGGAUCUCAGAAGGAGGCUCGUUCUCUCAGCACUGAGCUUUUCAAGAUGAAGAACUCCUAUGAGGAGGCUCUGGAUCAGCUGGAGACCAUGAAAAGGGAGAACAAGAACCUGCAGCAGGAGAUCUCUGAUUUGACUGAACAAAUUGGUGAGAGUGGAAAGAGCAUCCAUGAGCUGGAAAAGGCCAAGAAGACUGUGGAGACUGAGAAGACUGAAAUGCAGACAGCUCUAGAGGAGGCAGAGGGCACACUGGAGCACGAGGAAGCCAAGAUUCUCCGUGUUCAACUCGAGCUCAACCAGGUCAAGGGCGAGGUUGACAGGAAGCUGGCCGAGAAGGACGAAGAGAUGGAGCAGAUCAAGCGAAACAGCCAGAGAAUUAUUGACUCCAUGCAGAGCACUCUUGAUGCUGAGGUCAGGAGUAGGAAUGAUGCUCUGAGGGUCAAGAAGAAGAUGGAGGGAGACCUGAAUGAGAUGGAGAUUCAGCUCAGCCAUGCUAACAAACAGGCUGCUGAAGCCCAGAAACAGUUGAGGAAUGUCCAGGGACAACUCAAGGAUGCUCAACUGCAUCUUGAUGAUGCUGUCAGAGGACAAGAAGACAUGAAGGAACAGGCUGCCAUGGUGGAGCGCAGGAACGGCCUCAUGCUGGCUGAAAUCGAGGAGUUGAGAGCCGCUUUGGAGCAGACCGAAAGAGGCCGCAAAGUGGCCGAACAGGAACUGGUCGAUGCUAGCGAGCGUGUCGGACUGCUUCACUCUCAGAACACCAGUCUGCUGAACACCAAGAAGAAGCUGGAGUCUGACUUCGUCCAGGUUCAAGGCGAGGUUGAAGAUGCUGUUCAGGAAGCACGUAACGCUGAAGAGAAGGCCAAAAAGGCUAUCACUGAUGCUGCCAUGAUGGCUGAAGAACUGAAAAAGGAGCAGGACACCAGUGCCCAUCUGGAGAGGAUGAAGAAGAACCUUGAGGUCACCGUCAAGGAUCUGCAGCACCGUCUGGAUGAGGCCGAGAACCUCGCCAUGAAAGGAGGCAAGAAGCAACUCCAGAAACUGGAAUCCAGGGUGCGUGAGCUUGAAGCUGAAGUUGAUGGCGAGCAGAGACGUGGAGCUGAUGCCAUUAAAGGUAUUCGCAAAUAUGAGAGGAGGGUGAAGGAGCUAACCUACCAGACUGAGGAGGACAAGAAAAACGCAACCAGGCUUCAGGAUCUGGUGGACAAACUGCAGCUAAAAGUCAAGGCUUACAAGAGGCUGUCUGAGGAGGCUGAGGAGCAGGCUAACACUCACAUGUCCAGAUUCAGGAAGGCCCAGCAUGAGCUGGAAGAAGCUCAGGAGCGUGCUGACAUCGCGGAAUCUCAGGUCAACAAGCUGAGGGCUAAGAGCCGUGAUGUUGGAAAGGCCGACAGCGCUGAAUAAACGCUCCCUCUAGACAACGUUCAACAGAAUUCAUACAAUAUGAAGUCGCUGUUGGAAUGUGAAAAAUAAAGCUCAUGUAUUCA